AUGUUUAUUUAUCCACGUCUACGGCAUUCGACAGCAUUGGAUAGUGAUGAACCGCGUGGAACAGUAUAUAGGUGUUCCAAAAACGGAUGGAUAAACGAAGAGCUCUUUGUAGAAUGGCUUAAGUACUUUACAAAAUAUGCAAAACCUUCGGAAAGUGAUCCAGUUUUGCUCCUCUUAGAUAAUCAUUCCAGCCACAUUUCCUGGAAUUCGUAUAAAUUUUGCAAAGAAAACCACAUUGUGAUGUUGUCUUUGCCACCACACGGAUCUCAUCGAAUACAGCCAUUGGAUAUUUCCAUUUAUGGUCCCCUAAAAACCGCAUAUAAGCAAGAAUGUAACAUAUUUAUGAAAUGCAAAUUGGGACGAAAAAUUACACAAGGUGACAUAGCUUCGCUGUUCAGAAAAGCAUUUCAAAGAGUAGCAACAAUUCCGAAAGCCGAAGCAGGAUUUACUGCUUCAGGGAUAUAUUCUUACAACCCAAACAUAUUUACCGAUGAAGAUUUUCUACCAGCUGAGAUAAUGAACAAUAGCGAACUUAUUGAUGUAGAGAGGUGCGAUCAUGAUAAUCGAAUACAAGAUUCCCCAUCUCUGCUUGACAAUUCAAAAGCAACCUUACAAAUCUCUCAACCCAACUUUAAUGAUCACAACGAUGCCAUAUCUCCUUCUGAAUUGCCUCAUGUUACAUCACGCAACGCAACACUUUCGCCUGCCAUUCCACAGCUCGACCUUUUUUUUUACGUGGGGAAAUCCUCAUGGAUACCUUCCGCUACGGGGGCAACGAAAAGGUUAUGCCGGACUCAUUCCGGCUAA